AAGUGUUUACCCGCAACCUCCCCAAUCCUGAUGCCACUGCCCGACCUUAACUCUCUUCCGCUCUUUCUCAGGUCCAAGGUUUCCUUUAAGAUCACGCUGACGUCGGACCCGCGGCUGCCGUACAAAGUACUCAGUGUUCCUGAAAGUACACCUUUUACAGCAGUCUUAAAGUUUGCAGCAGAAGAAUUUAAAGUUUCUGCAGCCACAAGUGCAAUUAUUACCAAUGAUGGAAUAGGAAUAAAUCCUGCACAGACUGCUGGAAAUGUUUUCCUAAAGCAUGGUUCAGAACUGCGAAUUAUUCCUAGAGAUCGUGUUGGAAGUUGUUAAUAUCCUCUACUUAAAGAUAGAAUUACCUUUCAAAAUAAAUAUUGGGUAUUGCUGUUGUAAAACUGAAAUCAGGCAUUUAAAAUACUAUGAAAACACCAAUAAUUGAUGAAAUAAUGAAAGGUUACUUCCUGUCCCUUCCUUUUGUUCUCACUCUUCAUGUGAAGAGAGAAUGCUUAUGCAUUGAGGGUAUCAUUUUUACAGAAGAUCCUAGUCUUUCAUUGCUACCUCACAGCACACACAGCUGGUUCAUUUGGGGUAAAUGGAUUACCCAACUGUGUUUUUUUACUGGAGGAUAAUUCUGAGAACAUUUGGAAGAUUAAAUUUGUUGAAUCUUUCUAUUUGUCUUUAAGGUAAAAUUUUAAAAGGCUUAUGGAUUACACAGGGCAGGUUACUUGAAGGAUCUGAUUUGCAGACUCAAAAAUAGUUGAGGGGAGAAGGAGAAGUGAGGAGGGAAGCAGAGGAGGGGGGAGGGAAAAAAAUAGUUGAAUUCUUAAUCAUAUACUGUUUAUGAUAAAGGAUAUAGACAUAUCAAUGAAUACUUAAAUGUCUUAACUUUUUACAUUUAGGUAUUUUUUUAAGUUUCAAGCUUCAUGUGUUUAUAUAAAUUUUAAUUUAAUAUCAGAGAACCAAAAUUUCAAAAUUUGAAUUUUUUGACCUAGCCCCUAUGUGUAAAAUUGAUAGCCCUCACCAAAGAGUUUUAACUAUGAUCCUGCAGAAUCCAAUUCUUGUAAUGGUAAGAAUUGAAAAUAAAGUAGAAGCAUCCUUUGCUGAGUAAUGCAUUCUUUAUCAGUCUCUUUUAAUACAGACUUUAAAACAGGAAUUUUCAAGAAACGUCUUUCUGAGGAUAUUUGGAAACCGCAUUCAGGAAGAGACUAUUGUAAAGAAGAUCUGAAAAUCACAACAAAGGUCAAGAAAAUGCUAAUGGAAAAUAAUAAUUAAUUAUACUCACUGAAGGCCCAACUUUUAAGGAAGUGUUAAGAUAAAUCAAGUGAAUAAGAAGCCAAGAAAGGGAAGAUGGGGAAGCCCAGGUAGCAAAAGACAACAGUGAAGGGGAACAGAAAGCUGUCACAAAAUACAGCUGGAUAGGCAAAAGUGCAGAGGCUGUGUUGUGUUGUGUUGUGUUGUGUUGAGAUAACAGAAGGGGAUACUAGACAUUGUCAUAAGUAGCAGAAGGCAAUUGGAAAAAGCAAAUUAUAGGCCUUUUCAACAUACAGAUUUGAUAAUUCCCUUUAUGAGAAUCUAAAGAAUGAUAUGCAUAAGGAAUGUUUUUAUUUGCCCUUACAGAGGAAAUCAAUAUCUAUUCAAAUCUUUAAAAAUGAAAUGAAGGCUCAUUAGUGAUUCAGAACCAGUGCUCAAUUUGCUGUAUUUUAGAUGGUGAGCUCUCUGGAGCAGGCCUUGUGUUUGUCUUGCUCUUUCUAGACCUGGAAAUGUAGUAGGCUUUCAAUAAAUACUUGCUGAAUUAUUCAUAAAUAAAAUAUCUCUAAGACAA